AUGUCUGAACAUGAAAGCCUGCUAUAUCUUCUGUAUAACACCGUCCUCAACGACAAUGUGGAAUCCCGCAAGAGGCAGAAAAGGUACCUUAUUUUCACACCCAGCACUCAGUGGGGAGUAUUCGCAACAGUGUCUAUCCCUCUGCCUCAUCCGGAGAGCUUGGUGUCUGUGGCAUGGUUUUUUGAAGCAAACUACUACAAUGUCGCCAAUGCCUCGUAUUUCGACCCUCUACUAGGUGACAUUGGAGAUGUAGCUUCCGUUCGUCAUGGACGCAGUACACCACCAAGCAGUACAAUCACCCGACGAAGUGUUUACACCUCUAUUGAAAUGAUGCUUGAGAAACACGAUUACCCGGGCCGGCGUUGCUUGCUCAGAGCCAUUUGCGAGAGCGCCACCCCGCUCCCACAUAACGGCGUGCUGGGCGAUUUACUGCACGUUUUGCUCACACCUUCUACGUCGCUAUCAGAGGAGGAUAUAGAGGACAUCUAUUACGAAGCAGAGUAUUGGGGUUUAGAGAAGAAUUGCGAAGAUUAUGUCUACUUGUGUCCAGAGAACCCUAUCGAUCAGAUAUCCAUUAUUUUAGAGUAA